AUGAGAAAAAUAAAAAAAGACGAAAUAGUGAACGUGCUGUUCACAAUAUUUUUGGUGAUGAUCCAACAACUUUCAUUAUUAUAUAUCAUAUUAAAUAAUACAAAUAAUUAUUUAUAUUUAACUUUUUUAGCAAUAGAUAUAUAUUUAUGUAUAUACAUGCUAUGGAGCUUAUAUGAUUAUAAUAAUGCAGGAGUGAAAAUAUCGAUAGAAUGGAUGCUUUAUAUGAUAACAUUAAGUUUGAAAAUGAUUAUAUUUUGUUUUGUAAUAAUUCAAAUAGAAAAAGCAAAAAAAGGUGAUAAUCCUUUUUUUAUAUAUUUAGGAAAUGAUGUAUUAGUAUAUAAUUUAAUAUAUAUGACCCCAUUUAUUUAUUUAUUAUUUUCAUUAAGAAGUAGAAAUAUAUUAGAAUAUAUAUUAAGUAAUCAAAUAAUUAUUGAAAAUAUAUUAAGUAUUGAUGUAAAUAUAAUUAAUUUAUUAGAUAUAAUUGAUUUGACAUUUAUGUAUUCACAUUUAACAACCAUUUAUAAAAUUUUAUCAGACACAGAACAGUAUAAUAUACAAAAAGUAUAUUUUAUGUUAGUUAUAGUUAUAGUAUCUAUGUUACUAUUUUCUUUUUAUUUUCCCAUUUAUACUAACAUAGAAAAAUCAUAUUCCUAUGAUGAUAUAGAUAUAAAUUUUGUUGUUAAAAAUAAAAAUAUUCGAAAAAAAAGACCAGAUAUAAAUUAUCAAGACAAUUUUUUAAAAACAGAAAAUAAGUUUAUUUCUAAAAAACCAAUGUUAUUAGAUGCAAAAGGAGGUCAAACAAAUGGGAAUGAAACAGGUAUUAAUAAUAUUAGUCGAUAUGUUAAUCAUGCGAAGACUUUUUUAAAUAUAUAUGAUUCAAAUAAAAAAUUAUUAAAAAUGACAAAUACAAUUAAAUAUAAGAAUAAUGAUAGAUCCAAAAUAUCAGAAAAAAAAAUAUUAUUUUCAUCAUCAGAAUCUAUAUAUUCACAAAAAUCUAUUUCAACAACACCAUCUUCUUUUUAUUCUUCAAACAAUUCAAAUGACAUAUUAAGUGAAAAUAUAUUUUCAUCUACAACAUCUUCAAAUACUUCUGCUUUUUCAUUUGAAUUAUCUGAUUAUUCAAAAUCUAAUUCUAAUGAUUUGUCUAUCACUUCCUCUUCUUCACAAACAUCAUCAUCUGAUUCUUCGAAUUCUCCAAUUUAUGCAUAUUUACCUUCUUUUUUUUCUUUUGCCUCUAAAAACCGUAAAAACAAUAAUUCAUAUAACAAAAAAUAUAGAGAUGUAUAUACUGAUGUAUAUAUAACAGCCAAAUUUCAUUUUAUUGUUGGUUUUUUUUUAAUUGAUGUUCCUUUCCUUAUAUAUAGACUUUAUUUCUGUAUCAAAUACAAAGUUGUCCUGACCCUGGUCAUAAAAAAUGUCCUAUUCCUUCUAUUCCGAUCGUUCAAACUUAAUGAAUACAGACUUGUUGAAAAAGAGAAGCAUAAGAAAAAUAAAAGCAAUUUUGAUUUUCAUUUUUAUAAUACUGAGAAUGGUGAUAAUGAAAAUAAUGAUUAUGGACAAUAUGGUGAUCUAAAUAGUUCCGAAAUAUCUCAAUUUGUUUAUAAAAAUAAAAAAAGUGUAAUAUUAGAUGAUCGAAAUAACUAUAAAAGAUGGAAAUAUCGAAAUUCUAUGCGAACUUUUAAAAAUAAAGCAAUUAAUGAAAUGAGCAAAAUGAAAAGUAAAAAAGAAUAUGCAUUUUUGAAAAAAAAAAAUAAUAAAAAAUAUUUAAAAAAAAAAAAAAAAAAAAUAGACAUUUUAGAUAUAUUUAAAGAAGAAUUUCAAGAAAAUAAACAAAAAAUUAUUUUAGAAAAAAUUGCAAUGAAGAAUAAAGAACAAAUAAAUAUGAAUACUGUCUAUUUUGAUAAAUUAGGAAAUAGUGUAAGUAGUGUUGUUUAUGAAAAAGGAACAAAUAAUUCUAUUAGUGGACAAAUUAAUAAUAGUAAUUUAUAUAAUUAUGAUAAUGAUAGUUAUGAUAAAAUUGGAAAAAAUGGAGAAAAUAAAGAAUCCAAAAAUAGUACAAAAGUGAAAUUUAGUUGGAGAGAAAAAAUCAAAUUAAGAAAAAAAUACAAAACUUUUAUAAAUUUAAUUUAUAAAUUAAAAUAUAAAAGAGAAAUUCCAAUUUAUAGAUUUACAAUAAAAGAUCAUAUUACAGAAUUAUAUAAUUUUAUAUUUAAAAAAAUUAAUUGUUCAAAUUAUGUAUUUUUUGAUGAUAAAUUAGUUUUUUCCUAUUUUACAAAUAUGAAAUUUAUGUUAAUAAUAUUUUUAGACUAUUUAUUAAAAAUUGGGGUGACUAUAUUUUUUUUAUUUAUUUUAUUAAAUAAUCAUACAUUUAUAAAUAAGCAAAAUAUAAAUUAUUUCCAUGAUAUACCAAUAAAACAUAAUACAAGUCAUCCAUUAUUAUUUCCUCAAAAUUUUGAUUUUUCGAAAUAUCCAAAUAUAAAAUUACCAAGAAAUCCAAUACAUAUUAAAUAUAUAAACAAAGAUAUUGGGAAUACAUAUAGUAGUACUAUAACAGAAACAAUACCUGGGAUUAUUCCAAAUGGGUAUCUAAAUUUAAAUAUCCGAGAUAAUAUUUUUACAUUAAAAUGGAGUGAAAUUUUUAUAUACGAUAAAAUAUAUAUAUAUGCUUGUAUAGCAUAUUUCUUUUUAUAUUUUAUAUUGCUUAUUAAAGCGUCUACAUUUUUUGAUGUCUUAUUUGGAGCUAUAUUUAAUACUAUAAGGAAUUUAUCUUAUUAUUUUUCCUUAAAACAAUUUAUUUUGUUUUUUUAUACUUUCAAUGGAAAUAUAUAUAACAAAAAUUAUAUAUAUCAAGAUAGGACCAUAAGAAAAUUAAACUCUCAUCUUGAGUAUUAUUUUCUUCUCUUUUUUAAUAUACAUUAUUUUAUAUCAUUUAUUAAGCACAUUUCUUUAUAUCUUCGCAUUUUGUUCAAUUUUAAGUACGUCUAUUAUUAUAGGAAUUUACCAACGGGUGAAGACAAAAAGAAGAACGAAUUAAGAUAUUCUAUAAGUGCCCAUAUCCUAUUUUUGUUGUGUAAAUAUUCCUAUGCACCAGUAAAUUUAAAUACGUUAUUACUUGGAGAAAAUAUAUUAAGCAAUAUUAUAUUAAUUGAUAACAUAAACGGUUUUACUUGGGUAAAUAUAAUAGUAGUUAUAUUAUUUAAAGGGAUACAAAUAUUAAUGACAAAAGUAAAUUAUUUUUUAAUUGGACUUUUUCUUUUACACAUUAUUUUAUAUAUUACUUAUGCAAUUCAUGCACAAAUAUUAAGAUAUAUAAUUCUUAGAAAAAUUGAAAUUCUUUUUACAUUUAAAAAAAUAUUAAUAUCAAACUAUGAAGAAAUACCUCUUGUUCCUGAUGAUAAUUCUUCUUAUAUUACGUGUAGAGAUAUUUUAAAAUAUUAUUCCGAAGAGGGUUUUUUUUCUUCAGAAGGCAAUAUUAUACCAAAUUUUAUAUGA